GACCCGAAGGCUAGCAGUGACAUCAACGACAACGACUCCGAUCCGAUGCCGAGAGAUAACGGUGAUAACAAACAUGGGACAAGGUGCGCAGGAGAGGUCGCUGCUAUCGCGUUCAACUCCUACUGUGGAGUUGGAGUCGCCUAUAAUGCUUCAAUUGGAGGAGUGCGUAUGCUGGACGGAACUGUGAGUGAUGCGGUGGAAGCCAGGGCUCUGUCUCUGAACCCCAACCACAUCGACAUAUACUCGGCUUCUUGGGGACCAGAGGAUGAUGGCAAGACUGUGGAUGGUCCGGGGCCUCUGGCCACCAGGGCGUUUCUCAGUGGAAUAACUACGGGUCGCAAUGGAAAAGGAUCCAUUUUUGUGUGGGCAAGUGGAAAUGGAGGAAAGCAUACCGAUUCCUGUAACUGUGAUGGCUACACCAAUACAAUUUAUACCCUUUCCAUAUCAAGUGCUACUCAAGCAGGAUAUAAACCAUGGUAUUUAGAAGAAUGUUCCUCAACUAUAGCUACAACAUACAGUUCCGGCAUUCUGGGUAGAGAUAAGAGCGUAGCUUCUGUGGAUAUGGACCCCAAGCUCCGCCCAGAACACCUCUGCACGACUGAACAUACGGGUACAUCAGCUUCUGCACCACUUGCUGCCGGAAUGUGCGCUUUGGCACUUGAAGCAAAUCCUGAUCUGACAUGGAGGGACAUGCAGCAUAUAAUUGUGAUGUCAGCGAAUCCGAAACCUCUAAGCAAAGAAACUGGCUGGAUAACCAAUGGAGCGCACAGAAAAGUGAGCCAUAAAUUUGGAUUUGGUUUGAUGGAUGGAGGUUCGAUGGUGGAACUGGCAGAACAAUGGACAACUGUACCAACUCAACACCUAUGCCAGACUCCAGAAAUCCACGAGAAUAAAAUUUUGGAACCAGACUACGAGAGUGAACUUUCUGUUGGUACAAAUAACACUGGCUGUGAGGGUACCCUCAAUGAGGUACGAUACCUGGAGCACGUCCAAUGCCGACUCACGUUGAAUUUCAGUCCAAGAGGCAACCUGCGGAUACUCUUGAAAUCUCCUCAAGGCACGCCUUCAGUGCUCCUCUCGCAGAGACCCAGGGAUGUCAUUUCUUCCAAUUUCGAUUCUUGGGCAUUUCUCUCUAUCCAUUUUUGGGGCGAAGAUCCCAGAGGUGUAUGGACCCUAACUAUAAUCAACGCUGGGCCAAGAAAAGCUGAUUCAAAUGGUAUUUUGAAGAAAUGGGAAUUAUUAUUUUAUGGAACUGAAACAAAUCCGAUCAGACUGAGGCCACCAUCUCUUCAAAUGUUCAAAAAGAAACAUCCUGCAACAGAAGAAGAAACAAAGGUUGUAGGAGAAAACUAUGAGGAUAAUAAUAUUGAAGAUGGAUUGGAAAUUGUCUACGACUGUCAUGAAGAAUGCGACAAAACAGGAUGUUAUGGUCAAAAAAACACACAAUGUAUUUCGUGCCUGCAUUUCAAAUUGAAUAAGAGAUGCGUGGCAGAGUGCCCUGAAGGUUAUUAUAGCAGCGGUAAGGAGUGCCUCGAAUGCCAUAGUGACUGUCUCUCAUGCACUGGACCAGGGAGAGACAGUUGCCUCACCUGUGCCUCUCACCUCUUCUACGUCACUGACUUGGCGCUUUGUAUCACUGCCUGCCCUCACACGUACUAUCAAGAUACCGAAAAUAGAAAGUGCUUGAGUUGCUCCGAGAACUGUGCAACUUGUCAAGAGAGCCCGAACCAAUGCACUUCCUGUGAAGCUCAUCUAGUCUUUUAUAACCAUUCUUGUUUGCCUUCUUGUCCAACAGGAACAUUUGAAAACAGACACCAAAGGUGUGUAGAAUGCCAUCCUUCAUGUACAGCAUGCACAGGGCCUAAACUGAAAGACUGCAUCAUGCGACAAACAGAGAUGUUCUGCUCUGAUGGAAAUUGCUCACAAUGUCCUCAAGGAAUGAUCAGGCAGAACAACUCAUGUGUUACUGCCUGUGAUAUUGGGUGGUAUCGAUGGGGAAACGUUUGUAAGAAAUGUUGGCCUGGAUGCACAUCCUGCUUCGGAGGUAGACGAGAUGAAUGUAUCAAGUGCACAGAAGGAAGAUCACUGGCGCGAGGUCAAUGCCGCUUACACUGCCCUCGUAACAUGUACAGUACUCCACAUGGCUGCGCCAACUGCCAUCACUUCUGCUCGACUUGCAACGGUGGAGGAGCAUACGCUUGUACAACAUGUGCCAGACAGAGGUACCAAGACGACAGCACUGGCCUGUGCUAUUCUUGCCAUUCAAGUUGCAGCGAGUGUGCAGGACCGGGGGCUGAGAAUUGUACCGUUUGCGAUAAAGGCAGCUUACUCCACGCUGGCACUUGCAUACCAUCGGCUUCUUUAUCGCAGCUUUCAGUUAGCCAGCUUAAAGAAAUGACUCAUUCCGCUGCUGCUGGUAAGAGGAGAAGCUAUGAAAUGUUUACUGCCGAAGAACCUCAGUAUAGGAGAACUAAACCGCCCGAAUAUUCACCAUUUGUCACUGUUACGAUUAUUGCCGUCAUAGCUUGCCUUGCAAUACUUAUUCUUUUCGCUUUGUUAUUUGCUACGCUUCAAGUGAGAUGAGAUCCGGUCCGAGAGGUCAUACGUGGCUGGUUCGUCGAUCCAAAAAAGAAAAACACAGCCACGGAACAAGUUACCCACAAAGUCUUAACUUAAAGCUGCUAUCUAUUGACCCAACCAACUCGUGGCCUUCUAUUGUCUUAACGUUAGAGGUAACAGAAAGGAAUCAAGCUCAGCAUGGUACUGCAAAAGCAUGUACCAUGUACCAGACUCAUUGCUAUCUCUAGGCUACUGUCCAUGUGAUUCAAAAUUCGAACAUGUACAUACCUAUGUGUAAAAAAAAAAAAAUAAUAAUAAUAAUAUGUCAGAUUCAACUGUAAAUAUUUCAUAUCCGUUGUAAAGCUGUGCUGUAUUUAUGAUUAUCUUUAACACUGGCUCUAAAUUAAAGUAUAAUUUUACCCUUUAUAAGGGGUUGAAUAUUGUGAUUGUAUAUAGUUAGUUAUAUGUGUGACCUGUAACAUUUUGGCAACAUCCAAUUCGCUUAAGUAACAUUGAGGAAAAACUUUUGUAAUUUAUAUACGUUAAUGGCAAAGGUAGCUGAUGCUGUUUACUUUAGGCAUGGUUGUAUAUUAUAUGCAUUUUAUAUGUUUAUAUUUGAUAUUAAUUUUUUUUUUGCUUAUAUCAAAAGCAUCAACCCUUUGGCCAUCCUCAAUAUGAUGUGUAGUUGAUACCUUAUGAGGAAGCAUUUGAUGUUUAAUAUUUAUCUAAAUUAGUAAUGGGUGUUUAUUUGUGUCUAUAGAUGCAUUGCAUAUUUACUUAUACUAAGUAAAUAUUUAAAAAAAAUUAUAAGUACAGUCGAACCUUCAAACCUCUAUAUAUAUCAAACAUGAAGAUUUCUUAAAAAAAAAGAAAAAUUGAAACUACAAAAUUUUGGUACUAGUUAACAGGUGGUUCAUCUUGUAAAUAAACUUUCAUUUCCCUAGUUAUUUACACCCAUAACUUAAAAUUAAUUUUAAAACAAAUCCCUCGGGCUCUGGAUACAACUUCUUCAGGAUGUCUUCUGCUGUUGAGAAUUUUUGGAAUAAAUUAAUUCUUAAGUGACAUUUUGUAGUAAGAAUUGAAGUGAACAUGAAAUUUUGAAAUGGUUGAAUAUACUUUGAAUGAAUUUGACUUAUCUUGGUAUUUUUUAUAUUCAUUCCUGAACAACAAAACUAAUUUAUUCUAACAAAAUAAUCAAAUACUGAAUAACAAUUAAAAAUUUCAUAAUUUCAGUAUUACGAUGAUUUGACCUUCCUAUUAUAUUCUUGAAAAAGGCUCCAUUAUAUAGCGAUGGGGUGACCAAGAGUUGUUACCAGAAACUUUCUUGUUCAUGUCCCAGGUUCAAGUAAUCCACUCUUCCUCUCACGCUGGUAUCCCUCUCCAACUCUUCUCUUUCCCCAUCAUCAUUUUGAGAAAUGGUUUUUAAAUUACCAUUUUGACCUAUUCUUAGAUUAUAAAUUAUUUAUUUAUCAGUAUUUAUAUUUAGAAAUCUUGUAUCCACUCUAACAAUCAUUUAAUAAACUAGAGCCUAACAAUCGUUAUCGGUAACACUCCGGUCUGCUCCUACCAAGCUCGUACUCCAUCUAUUCUUCAUUCACCAAUUGUUUAACAAGCAUUUUACAAUUUUCAUUCAACAACUUGUUCACAUCAAAACUGAAUCAAAUUCAAUUGAUUAUCAUUCCCUCUCUUAAUAUCACUUGAGUUUUUUGGGG